AUGUUCUCCAAGACAUCAACACUCGCCCUCGCGGCGCUCGCCCUUUGCGGCACCUCCACGGCACAUAUGAUCAUGGUCCAACCCAAGCCUUUCAACGCCAAGACCAUCAACAACUCACCGCUAGUCGGCGUGAAGCCCGGCAGCGCUACUUCAGACUUUCCUUGCAAAGUUGGCAAGGCCGGGCCGAAAUACGACGACGCCUCUGUUUCCAUGAAUCACAUGAAAGUCGGAGAUACGCAGAAGCUCAUCUUCGAGGGCUCUGCAUCCCACGGCGGUGGUACUUGCCUACUCAGUAUCAGCCUCGAUCAAUACCCUGACGAGAACUCCGUUUGGAAGAUCAUCCAAACCUAUGAAGGUGGAUGCCCGACGGCUGCCGAUGGCAAUGACGGCGCGAGCAACUUCACCUUCUCCAUUCCCAAGGAGAUUCCCAAUGGCCCUAGCACACUCAGCUGGACUUGGUACAAUAAGACUUACAACACCCUUCCUAACGCCUACUUCAUCAACCUUCCACCAGAAGAGUGCUCGUCCGUUGAGGGCACUGAUCUGGAGAUCCCGCAUCCUGGAAAGUACAUGACUGCGCUGCAAAACACCCUCAAGGCUGCAACUGGGCCUAGCUGCCAAGCUUCAGCAGCUGCUCAAACCAAGAGCGUUUCGGGCGGAGCACCGGGCUACGGAGGUACAUCUGGGUCUGCUAGUGCACCAGCACCUAGCUCUGUUCAGCCAACAUCCGCAGCCGGCUACGGCGGCACUAGUGCUACAUCUGGCUCUGCACCAGCGUACAAUUCUGCUCCGUCAUCAUCCGUUGGCGCACCAGCAUAUUCUUCAGCAGCAUCACCGUCCAUGCAGGCACCAGAAUCUUCAGCAGCAUCACCGUCCAUGCAGGCACCAGAAUCUUCAGCAGCAUCACCUUCCAUGCAGGCACCAGAAUCUUCAGCUUUUCCACAGACGACUCCUGCUGCCGGCGAAGGUGUUUACGGACCUGUCACGACGAGCUCUUCAGCUGCUGUACCAAUCGGUACCGGAUCAAGCUCUAGCUCUUCUGGCAUCCUCUGCAAGGCUGCCCACGCUGGCGAAUACGGUCAAGCAGUCAACGGCAAGACAGUCUGGCGUGCACUCGCCGCUGGUACUACUUGCCCAGAAGUCCAACAGUACCGCAAGCGUUCAGACAUGCGACACGCUCACGUCCGUCGUCAUGUUCAGAACGCAGUGCUGAGACACGCCGCCUAG